AUGGCUGCGUUGGCGCUCGCAUGGAGCAUUUCUGUGCUGAGCUCGAGCUUGGGUGGGGGCUGGGUUGGUUGCGCGGGGCGGCGCGGGCGGUGCGCGGGGCGGCCGCGCCUGGUGCCGCUGACGGUUUGGAGCGCAGUCCUGGUGGCGUGUGCGCUUGGAGCCGAUGUUGGACUCCUCACCGCUGCGACGCGGACCAAUGGCGACGAUGACGAUCGCGGCCUGGUCUGGGGUGUGGCGCUGGUGGCAGCUGCCGGUGCGGGCAUGGUGCUCGAGGGCUGGUACGCCGAGUACGCGAUGGUGACUCGGGCCCCCGAUCUGGGCUUUCCUGCUCGAGGCACGGCGGUGACCAUUGCCUGCGCUGUGGCUGGCGGAGUUGCAGCCACAGCUGGCAUGGCUUUGGCAGGGCGGGUCAUGGUCUUGGGGCUGCUGGUGAUUGCCGAUGCAGUGACAGCUGGAUGUGCGGGCGUGGUGCUUGCCAAGCUGGCGCACUGGGACGCGCCUGUGCGGGUCCGGCUGUCAGACGCAGCAAUCCGGGCGUCGGCUGCGCCGAUGGUUGUGGACUUUGUUGCGUCCGAUGCGCUGCCGGCCGGUUUUGGCAGUUUGGGCAUGAGCGCGUGCCCGGGACGGUACAAGCCGCCGGGGGUGGUGCGGGACCUGGCGGUCGAUGUGGCGCACCUGAGCGGCUCACUUGGCGUCGACGUGCUAGUUACGCUCGUCCCGGUUGACGAGCUGCGACGAAUGGGACUCCAGGACCUGGGAGACGUUGCACAGCGUGCAGGACUUGUAUGGGAAGGCAGCGUAACGUGGCGCGACAAAUGGGUCCCCACGCUUGCCGAUCUCGCGCUUGCUGCCGAGACCAUCGCGGUCCAUCUCGCUGCCGGCCGCCGAGUAGUCGUCCACUGCAACGGUGGCAAGGGACGAACGGGACUUGCCGUGGCCGCUACUCUCCUCACCUGCGCACGCGCAAGCGCCGACAGCGCGCUCUCCCUCGACGAUGCGCUCUCCGCCAUGCGCGCUGAGCGCCUCGGGAUGCUUCGCAACCCUGUCCAGAUUGCCGCCGUGUUGGCCUUUACCUCGCGGCUGCAUGCCCUACCCACUCCCGGCCUCCACAUGGCCGGCCGCAGCUAA